GCUAGGACGCGUCCAAAAAGGGGGUCUUGCUGGGCGGCGAGGGAGGAGGGGGUGCGAGUGCUUCUAACACAUCUGUAAGCGGAGCCCACGUUCAUUAAUUAAAUGGCUUUAGUCCGGCUAGGCCUCAAUUUGCGCUGUUGAGCAGCAGGCGGCGGGCAGUGCAACACUAGAUGCCCGACUGGCAGCCUAUAAUCAGAGGGGAGGAGUCUGGAGAGGCGGUGUGCAGUGAAAGGAAUGGGGUGGCAGAGUGGUUGUGCCCCCUGUGCCAAAAAGGGCAAUCAGACAGAUCUUCCCUAUCUCUACAUCUCACCCAACAACACAGCGUGCUUUCAUCGUGUGUCGACAGGUUGCUGGAUAUUGCUGUUCUAAAACGGGCUGCCCGUGUAGACGAGGACAAAGGCGCUCACAAGUCCUCAGAUGCUGAGUCUUCACAACUGAAGCCUGCUGAAGACAUCACUUCAGACCCCUGCAAAUCUAUCAAGAGUUCAGACGCUACCCAGACGCUUGGAGACAAAGAGAUGGAGGAAGAGAGAAUAAUGGAACAGGAGGGAGGUGAAGCUGAAGCCGAGCCAGAAGAGGAGGGAAAUCCACUUACAGGAGCCAAACAGCAAAAUGCAACUGAAAACACAGAAAUCCCAGACGCUAGUGAAAAGUCAGUUGGUAAAAACGGUGUGCCAGCUGAAAAUAACACCCGUUCAUUCAAAUGUAAUGCCUGCUUGGAAAGUUUUCCCAGCAGAACUGCCUUGAGUGUUCAUUACAACUCUGCAUCCCACAUUCAGAGAAUGACAACAGGCUCUGGAAAACAAGGUGCAGAAAGUAGUCCCCAAACUCCUUCAGUUCCAAUCCUGUCUCGGCCAUAUAUAUCAAACAAACCCUACCAGUGUUCUGUAUGUCGAGUCUCCUACAAUCAUGCCAUCACCCUUGAGAGCCAUAUGAAAUCUGUCUUGCACCAGACCCGCAGCAGAAAUGCUGGAAUUGCUGCACAUGCUGCAAACAGCGCAGUGGCUGCUGCUGGUUUGAGAGGCAGCGCUGCCAACCCAGUAGUUACCACGUCGGAAAGUGGAAGCAGUCAGUCAGCUACCUCCACCAACUGUGCUGCUCCUGGGACGUUGAUGGUGACUGCUGCGAAAGAAGGCGAGCAGAUUCCAACUUCACAAGUGGCUCCCUCCCUCCUCACUUCCCCUGUGGCCUCAGCUCAGGCGGUCUCGGCCUUUCUCACCCUCCUCACUUCCAGUCCCAACACGCUGUCACACUCCCUCCUCCCCUCCCUGUUUGCAGCUAGUGCUGCUCCUGGUGCCGCUGCACCUCAGCUUGUGCCUCAGCCUCAAAUGGUCAUGCCCUUGAUCUUAAAUGGGCUCCAAGCCCAAACCCAGCAGCACCAAGAGAACCAGCAGGGCCAGCUCCUUACCCAGUGCGUGCCACUCGUAGGUCUCAGCACAGCCCAGCAAGCCCUUCUAACCCAAAGACUUAACAGCUUACAGAACCAGUGGCCCUCUGCAGGAGUUCCAACAAACAUACAGCUCUGUGGGGAAGAGCAAAAACAGACUUUAAAGAGUGAGAGAGAACAAAAAAGUGAGGCUAGAAAUGAGACUGUUGAAGAAAAGAUCUCUGAUCAGGUCAAAGAUGAGCAUAACCGUACUGCCCAGAAACAUAAGGAGGAGAACAGUACAGACGUUUCACAGUGUUCUGAUAUAGAAAGUAACAUAAAGGUUGAGAAUAAUGAAAACAAUGGGAAGGCACAUGAAGACAGCACAACAGAUGGAGACUGCUCAACAAAUCAGUUGGACCUGGAAGGUGAUAAAGCAGCUAGCCUGAAUCUCUCCCCAGCGGGCACAGAGAAGAGCCUCCGCAAUAACAACCUCUCCCCUUCUGCAUCUGUGCCCAGCAACUCGAGCCUCAGUCCUGUAAAUUUAAACCUUACCCUUAGUCCUGAUUCUACUCCUCAAAAAUCCCAAUCAGGCACAAGCCCAUGUGGCUCUCUUGGCACUCCAAAAUCCAGCUCAAGUACCAAUGCCUUAACUAACAGCCAAAAUCGUCUUCAUUGUAAUACAGUGGAUUCCAUUUAUCCAGACCUUCCAGUGCUUUCAGAGUUCCAGUCAGAGGUUCUCUGGGCCUUCUUUGAGUCACGUAGUGAGGCUGAUGCUGCAAGUCCUCCCUAUGAGGACUGUGAAGCGCUGGGCCGAGAGGUGGGUCUUUCUGAAGAAGAGGUUCGAAGGUGGCUGACCCAAGCUAGACACACAAAACAAAGACAGAGGGCGACAGAGUUGGAACAGCUGACCGGUGUUACAAGAAAUUGUCAGAGUUCUGAUAAUGACUAUGAUGACGAGGAAAGCUCACUCAUAAUAGCAGAAGGUGAGGAUGAUGCUGAACCAUUUAGUAAUCAGGCCAUGGAUUUGUCUAGUACAAGAGGGAAACGCAAACACAGGGAGUUGGGAAGGGAGGGUCAGGGAGAUUCCUGUCUCACAUCGGAUUCAGAGAAUGAGGUCUACACUUCUGUCAUUGUUUCAGAUGAGGAAAGUCAGAAUGGGUCUUUAAGAGAUGAUCCUGAAAGCCCUGCUAAAGACGAAGCACAGCGGGAGGUCCACGGCGAUAAGGGUUCAGUUGGAGGAAAGGUAUUGCGCUCCACGACUGUGUUUCUUUCCGAUGCAGAGGAUGAAUACGAAGAUGAGGAUGGCGGAGGUAGUCAAGGGGCCAAGAGAAAAAAACAGAGAGAGAAGUUUGAACAUGAUCUGGAGCUAAAAAAGGAAAGGCAAGACCCAGAUGUAGAUCUAGAGUUGGAGGCCCAAGGUGAUCCUCCAAGCUCACAGUCCAAUGCAGCAGAUCCCUCUGAAAUCCCAACUGGUGCUCUCCACUCACUUCCCUUGUCAUUCACUCCCUUUUCUACUCCAUUUCUUAGCCCCUAUGUUCUCUCCCUUACUCCUUCGGUGGUUGGGGAUGGAAGCAAAGUCCCCAUCUUUCCCAACCCACCAACCAUCACACGCUUCUCCAACUCUCUUCUCUCGCAAUCUCUCUUCUCACAAAACCAAACUUCCCACUACCUGUCCAAUGGUGACGACUGUGAGUCAGCUCUUGAUCUCAGCAUGGGCAAAAACAGCUCAAAGUCUGCUCUGUCCUCAUCUCUGGCUGAUACAAUUGCAGCACAGAAGGGACAGUUGCUGGACGGACUUGGCCUGAGGCCCACAUCCAAAGGUCUGGUAGUCGUCCAGGUUAAGCCGGAAUCUCUUACUGCCAUGCCCUCUUCUAACAAUGUUACAAACAUGGUCAACUGCAGUAAUGUGACCAAGUCUAGCAUUUAUAUGAGGCCUGGAGAAAAAAUGAACACCACACUAUUGGAAAGGGACCGAGAAAAGGAGAGGGAGCAAGAACAGGAGCAGAGGAAGUCCAAAGGAAAAAGGUACCGGGAUAUGCGUCGUUCAAGGACCAUCAUACAAGCAGAACAACUUGAUAUUCUGUAUGGCUGCUAUUUCAAAGACCCAAAUCCUGGGAAACAUGAGUUUGAACAGAUCUCAGAGUGGGUUCACCUUCCAAAGAAGGUGGUUCAGAUUUGGUUCCAGAACAUGAGGGCAAGGGAAAGAAAAGGCGAGGUCAGAUUCAUCGGCGACGGGACCUUGGCGGCAGUUGGCAAACCUCUCAUCAAAUUUACUUGGCCUCUUUCCAAACCCAUAUUCACUAACAAGCCUGCUACAAACAAUACCGGGGGAAUUACAACUACUCCGAUUGUUCGCACCCUCAUCAAGACAGAGAGGGAGCCUGUAAAUGAACUGGCCAAACAAGCGCCAGUUGUGAUGAAAAAAAUAUCCCCCGUUCCUAUAAAGCCGAAGGAGUUCGUUUCUUCCACCACAGCAUCUCCUGUGAGCAGCAGUGCUUCUGCAGUGCCAAAGACCACGCUCGAAACCACCAGCAACAUCACCAUGGUUAAAGUUGCACCCAAAGCAAAUACCCCUGUCCUCUUGGUGCCACCCAAGGAUUUGAUUCCAAUUGCCCCACGACCAGCCCAGAAACGAAAGCUAGAAGACGAGAGUGAGGAAGAAAAGACCGAUGAGGAGCGGGAUAACGAAAAUGAGAUUGGUCUUGGACCAGGAACCACUAACCGCAUGGUGCCGAAGCUCCCCACAACUCCCAUCAACAACAGGCCUUCAGCCACAGCAGUGGUGCCACAAAAACAGAAUGGGCUGAACUACUGGACUUCCAAAGUCCCCAUUAAGAUCAACACUCUAUCAAGAGAACAACUGGCUCUUCCUACGCACACAGCUCCUCGUACCAUCCCCCCUCCUCCCACCCCCAGCAUUGCACCAGUCAGCCCUAACACCCCUAGUUCUGCCAAAGUGGCCAGCCCUUCCACCCCAUGUGUAGCUAAAUCAAGCCCAACAGAAAGCAGCUUUCUGCCCCACUCAUCCAGCCGUAGACCACGCACUCAUUUGUCCUGCCUACAACUGUCCAUUCUGCAGUCAUGUUACGAGACCUGUGCCCAUCCCAACGCCAUGGAGUGCGAGGCAAUUGGCACUGAGCUCAACCUGCCGCUCAAGGUGGUGCAGAUUUGGUUCCAAAACACAAGAGCGAAGGAGAAGCGCUGGAGGCUGCAGCAGGAGAAAAUGUCUCCUCUUUCAGGCGCGAAGGUAGACAUGAGCUCAGGAAGCUACCUGCAGUACAGCGCUCUCAAGGCCAAUCGACCCAUCCUGCCCAAGCCUGUUCAGCUAAUGGUUACCGAACCUCCAGCUUCCCCAGUGCCGGGUCAGCCGGUGCCAAAGGAGACCCUGACGGGGCGCUGUGAUGCUUGCAACGUCUCAUUUGAAUCCCGGGCUGCAGCAAGGGCCCACGUCUUCUCUCCGCGUCACCUGGCAACCCUGAGAACCACUAACUUUGGCCAGCCGACGGCGCUCGUCAACAAGAGCGGAACCAGCAGUGCUGCUCUUUCCACUACUGUAACCAGCUCUGGCGGUGGUUCUGAAGGGGAGAUAAUAAUCGAGUUGCCUCCAGCGAUGGCCACCAGCAACAGUUAAAGACUCAGAUCAGGAUUGGUCUGCACACUGACUAUUGUUGGACCCAUUUGGGCUCCUCAGAUUUUAAUAAACAGAUUUGAGCACUAAUCCUCAAAAACUAAUAUUCUUUAGUUUUUGAUGUUUGCUCCCCCCUUGCACCCGCUAUCCUUUGCUCAACCUACACUGACUUGAUAUCCGUUAUCUGUAGAGCUCACCUGGUAUCAAAUACAACAGCAGACUCUUUUCUUGCUGCUUGUCACUUAAUCAGUUGCUGUCUGAUAAGUGAUAACACCCCCACCCUCCUCAGAGUUCCCUUAAUCCUCAUUUUAUCCAGACAUUUUUGGUCCUAACCCUGUGGUUAUGUAUUACCUUACUUCUAUGACCUUCCUAUAAUUUGUAAAGGCACUCAGCUUGCCACGCUUGAGCUGUUGUACCCUAAAAACUGAUGCAAGUGUUUCCUUUUUCUUUUUUCAUUCUUUUUUUGGCAGAGGCCAUGGGGGGAUUUUUGGGAAACACUUUUUGGGAUAACAUGGAAAUGCUGACAUGUAUAACUCCCACUUUGCUCCUGUGGAAUUGUUUUUCUCACGCCUACUUUCACUUUUAGGGCAAAGAUUGCUUGGAUAAAAUACGACUGGACUAAAUCAUUGGGAGAGAAAGAACUGGUCUUAACCGCCACCCUUUUUAAUUGCCACAGAAGGGUGAAAUGAAGAGUGUUGUCUACUCACUACUUUGGGAUAUAAAAGGAGGUACUUUGGAGAGAAUAGGGCUGUUGAAUUGUUCCCAUAUUCAUGUUCAUAGUUUCACGACAAUCCAAAUAGGCAGCGCAAAAAGAGGCUGAGGGAAGUAGAAUCUUUGGCAUACCGCACUUUGACACAUUUUACAUUGUUUUGAAAUGUUUUUAAGCAUUCGAAUGCAGGUGUCUUUUAUGGAAGGAUACGCUGAUGCAUGUUGGAUGCCUUAAUAUAAAGUGAAAUAGUUUUUUUUGUUGUUUUGUUUUUUGUUUUUUUGUUUUUUUUCCCUAAUCAAAUGAAACAUGCUUUAGGUGUGAGUAUAAUACUUGGGCGUAUUGAAGAAGAGCUUUAUUCCAAAAUGCUUUUACAUUAACAUUUUUUUGUUUUUGGGAGAAUAUUUGUGAAUGUCACAUGUUUAUAAAGUUGUCAGCAAUCUCUUGGCCAAGGUGUAGAAUUACAAACUAUCAUGCUUUCACACGUUUGCUGUAAAUUUCACUUCCUACCCAAAUGUGUGCGUCUCAUUUUGGAAUUUAGCUCUUCAGACCGGUGGGUGAAGAUUACUUUUUUUUUUUAAAACGGCUACUGUGGGAUACACGUCCAAGUCCGGGAGAUUCCUGUUGGAGAAUUCAGUCUGAAUUUGACAAAUUGGGCUGAUUUCCUCACCGUGUGUGUGUGUGUGUGUGUGUGUGUGUGUGUGU